UGAACUGGUUCAAGCUUUUGUUCUUCCAAAACUGACUUUGUCAACCGUGCGGCUAGCUACAUUUUGAAGAUUUGCCUGGGCCUUUUACAGAAGUGUUGUGUUAAACAUUUGAUCAUAUACUGAUACAAUCCACUUUAACCAUCAUCGGUCGACAGCUCCUCGUGUCGUUCACUAGCUGUCCUUAUUUUUCCACACUUUUUCUCUGAUAACGGUUCUAGCUGACCAAGAUAGGAGGCUCGAGUGCUAAGAUGUCGAACCGAAUGGUGUGCAGAGAAGCAAGUCAUGCCGGCAGCUGGUACACGGCCUCAGGAUCUCAGCUGAACGCACAACUAGAGGGCUGGUUAUCUCAAGCACAAUGCACAGACAAGCCUGCAAGAGCCAUCAUUGCACCACAUGCUGGAUAUACCUACUGCGGCGCUUGUGCAGCACACGCUUACAAACAGGUUGACCCCUCUGUCACCCGGAGGGUGUUCAUCCUGGGACCCUCGCACCACGUACCGCUGUCCCGCUGUGCACUCUCGCCUGCUGAAGUCUACAGAACUCCGCUGUACGACCUCAAGAUUGACCAGAAGGUUUAUGCUGACCUCUGGAAAACGGGGAUGUUCGAGCGGAUGAGCCUCCAGACGGAUGAGGACGAGCACAGCAUCGAGAUGCACCUGCCUUACACUGCUAAAGCCAUGGAGAGCCAUAAAGAGGAGUUCAGUAUCGUCCCUGUGCUGGUGGGCGCCCUGAGCGAGUCCAAAGAGCAGGAGUACGGGAAGCUGCUCAGCAAGUACCUGGCUGACCCUAGCAACCUCUUCAUCAUCUCGUCAGACUUCUGCCACUGGGGUCAGCGGUUCCGGUACACGUACUAUGACGAAAGCCAAGGAGAGAUUUACAGAUCCAUUGAACACAUUGACAAAAUGGGAAUGGGAAUCAUAGAGCAGCUGGAUCCUAUGUCUUUUAGCAACUACUUGAAGAAGUACCACAAUACUAUUUGUGGUCGCCAUCCUAUUGGAGUGCUUCUAAAUGCUGUGGCUGAACUGAAGAAGACUGGUAUGGACAUGAACUUCUCUUUCCUGAACUAUGCCCAGUCGAGCCAAUGCAGAAACUGGCAGGACAGCUCUGUGAGCUAUGCUGCUGGGACCCUCAUCGUUCAUUGAAGUCAACCUUCUCAGGGGCCAUUGGAGCUCCGGACCCCCCCCCCCCAUCCCCUAUCCUCCUUGUUCUACCCCCUACUGCCCCUUUCCCAACCUAUCUCCCGGUCAGGGGAUGGAUAGCUCCCUUCACCCCCACCACCCCCCACCCCACCAAUUACCCCCCUUUUUUAGUAGAAUGACCUGCAAAGUCUGAUGCAGUUUGGGAUCCUUUUACUUGCAGAGCUGAUGUGUAACGCAUUGCAAACUAACACACACACACACACACACAAACACACACACACACACUUUCUCUCUCAGUUUAAUUACUGAGAGCACAGAGUUGAAAUUCCAACUCAAAGUUGCAUUCUUGAAUGGUCUUGGAUGGCGUUUAGUGUUUAUUCCUCAGUUGUGGUGUUGGGGUUUGCUGAAUGGUAGUGGAAUCGAUUUUGGGGUCUAAAGGGGACUUGAGUUACCUGUCAAGUCCCAUUAUUAUCCAGUCAAAUACUGAUAUGAUAUUAGAAGUUAAAAAAGGAAAAAAAAGAAUCACAAAGACUGAAAAGAUUUGCACUCUUUGUAGAUACGUGCAUAUGUAACCUUGUGAUAAGAAUAAAACAAUACUUAUGAAACAUAUGAAAGUGAUAAAAUAAUUUCAUCAAGUCAUACUUGAUGAAAAAGAAGAAGCAGAGUGCUACUAGCUAUAUCCAUGUAAGCCCUUGAGAGUAGCAGCAUAAGUAGCUACUGCCAUACGUUUUCAAUGUAGGCCUGUUGUUUGUUGUUGCUAACAAAGGGCUACACACUACCAAGUUCACUAACCUGCAGUCGUAUGAAAAAUAUAUAUACUAUAUAUAGAUAUAUAUAUAUAAACCAAAAAAAAAACUCAUGUUUUUUAUGCUUUCACAGUAGUCGAUUAAAAUGUCUCCCUUUUCUUUGCAUUCAUAUAUUUUUGCUUCUUUAGGAUAAGCGUCUUUUCCUCAUUGAAUUUGUAGUAUUUGUCAUUAUUGCCCUAAUUUGUAUGUAUAUGAGUAGGCAGUGUGGUAAUGGAUUUGAAAGCAAGAGGUACCCCAAUUUAAGGCCUUUGCACACUGAAAUCUGUAAGUUUGCAUGAAUCUGUUUUUCAAAUUCUGAAUGCUGCAGUCAAAAAACUAAAUCUCUGAUAGUAUACAGAUGCAAAAAACUUAAAUGCAAAAUAUGGAACCAGUCACAAAUAACAUGUUUGUCAGACUAAAGUUUCAGAAUUAGUGCGCAAAUGUGAUUGAGACAACGUGAACUUGUGAAUAUUUUUCAAUCUGACAAUUUUGCUCGAAAAUACAGACUCUGUGCAAAGGCCGUUAGAGGGUGCCCUGUGUUAGUAGUCUUCUGAGCACAUAGAUCAGCUCCCAAAGCCCCUGGUAGCAGUGGGAUUUUACAGAUGAGACUCUGGCAUACCUCUGAAAAAAAGACGAUUGGAAAGGGGUGGGGUGAGCGUAAAAAAACCCCCUGAAUAAACAUAUCCUGACACACUGUAAUAGUUCCGCUCUGCUGUAGGCUAGUUGUCUAACCCCCAUGUAUUGUACUAUUCCCAUAACCACCCCUCACCCCCACCCCCGAUGAGCACAAUGCAACAAGAGACACCCUCUCCCUCACCACAUCAAGUCCUGUGACAUCUGUCAAUCAAAGCCUGUGCCCUCCACAACUCCACCAAGGGAAGAAAAAUAAAACCAUGUAGAGUUUGAGUGCUUCAAACUGUUCUGUGGAAACAGUGGGGCAGUUCACACCAUGCAGAUGUGCCUUGGGUCACUGUUACAAUGUCCUUAUUAUUUUGUUUGUUUGUUUGUUGAUUAUGUAAUGCUCUGUGUUCUCCUCCCAGUUCCUCUGCUCCUGCCCCCCCUCCCCCCAACCCCCCCCAAAAAACAGUCUUUUGCAGCGCUGGACCAGCUGUUUAGUUUUGAACUCCACAACCUUUGUCUUUCUCAGAAGGACUGCAUCCAUGUCUACUGUCCGCUAAAGUCAGCACAACCCCCCCCUACCCCCAUCCGGAGGAUGUUCCCCCUUGUUGUGAUUGUUUUUCAUUGUUAUUGUUUUUGAUCUCCGUUACGUCUGUGUUUUACUUCAUAGCGAGUAACGUUCUUAAGUUUUAAUGCGUUGUCACACAUCAAUGUCGAGGAGUCAACUGAUGCUCCUACUGGAGCUUGAUUAUUAUGUUUAUUUUAAUCUCAGGUUACAUUGAUGAAGCAUCACCGAAUGCUUGCCAGAUAUGACACAAGGGUCAUGCCCAAUGUUACGAAGAAGAAAAAAAACAGAGUAAAAUAAGUGAAAAGUG